UAUGAACAAGAUUCUGCGGAGGACAGUAAAGAAAGAAGUUCUUUACUUCUGGCGAAGAAAGUGACGCCUCAAAUUGCGCAUCGCAAGGUCCAAAUCAAUCAGUCGAUCAUUUUCUGCAACUCUACUCGGCGUUUUGAGCUUCUAACCAAGAAGAUUACUGAAAUAGGAUAUUCGUGCUAUUACAUACACUCCAAAAUGGCACAAAACAUAGAUACCGCGUCUUCUACGAUUUCCGCCAAGGAAAUUGCCGUAACUUGGUAUGCUCGGAUUUGCUCACUCGCGGUAUCGCUAUUCAAGCUACAAAUGUGGUCCAAUUUCGAUUUCCCUCGUAACGCCGAAACCUACAUGCACAGAAUCGGCAGAUCGGGACGGUUUGGUCAUCUCGGAGUUGCCACUCAUCACUUACGAAGAUUGCCAUACUUUGCGUCGUAUUGAACAGAAGCUUCGAACACAAAUUGAGCCUAUCUCAAAGGCCGACUUUACGUGCUCUACUUUUGUUUGUCUUUUUGUUCCCAAUUUCUAAUUUUGUUCUUAGUUCUUUUUUUCUAUUAUGUGCAUUUGCAAAUGAUUUUGGUGACAGUCAGUGUUCACUAUAUCCAAGUGUUCAUUCAGAUCUUUUGUUGCGAUCUGUUGUGUGUAGCUUUUUAUUCUUUAAUUUUGUAGAUCUAUGCUCUCCCUGCUAAUUCUUUUUUGAUAGUUGAGAUGAGAGCGUCUCGUUUCCAGUGGCGUUCUCGAUUAUUAUUUUUUGAUACG